ACGUUUUUGGCGAUGACGUGUAUUGUGCGCGCCCUGGUGUUGUGGUGACACGUCAUCAGCACACAGCUGUCAGUGUGGAGUCGGCGUGUUGUCACCAUGGCUAGCGGAGCGGGGCUGACAGCGUUCUCUCAGAAAGUAUGGGAGCCGGUUGUGGCCAAGUCUCGGCGGGCUGUAGUGUUCAUGGACGAGCCGUGUGCGGAGGUCCUGCACUGGUGCGGCGGGCUCGAGCUCUUCCUGGCUGCUGGAGCUGUAAACAUUAAGGAGUUCUCCAGCUUCGAGUCCGGGAGCCCCAGCCAGCCCAAGGCUGUGUUCGUGGUGAGCAGUCCAUUGCGGGGCCGGACGCUGGAUGUGAUCAGGGACGUGGUGAGCCAGAGCUCCUUCCAGUACUGCAUAGUGGUGACAGCCAUAAGCCCAGGGGAGGCUGAGGGCAGGGCUGUCUAUGAGCAGCUGGAGGAGAAGCUGUGUGAGUGGAUGGGGAACAUGGGCUACACUGCUGAGGUCCUCUGGGCCCCCAUACUUCUUGCCCCCAUUAGCUCUUGCCUCCUCCUGGCCCCAGCCUUCCAUUCCCUCUCCCCCCUCCUGCCAGGACCAGACCUCCAGGCCCUGAACCGCAGCCGCCCGGACAAGAAGCGGUUUCCGGGGCUGUCAGAUGUAGACUUCCCAUCGUUUCCUCAGGAGCUGCAGGCUUGUAUCAAGAACCUGGCAGUUGGACUGAAUAACAUUAUGGAGGGCAUAGGAGUGCGAGAAGAGUGCUUCUCUGUGGGGUAUCUCAGCAGGAUCAUUGCCGCAGAACUGGCCAACUACCCCCAGGCCAAAAAUCGCAGGAAGACUGCCCAGAGCAAAGCAUCACUGGUCUUCAUAGACAGGACACUGGACCUUACUGGAGCUGUUGGACAUCAUGGUGACAAUCUGGUAGAAAAGAUCCUUUCUAUUCUUCCUUCUAUUCUUGGACAGAAAAAUGAUGUAAUGGUCAACAUGGAUGAACUCACAGACUUGCGAAUUGAUGGUGAAAAUGAUGAUAUAAUAGCCCCAGGAUGCCUAGCACAGCCUAAUGACUCUGCGGCCAAGUCUCUGUGGGAGUCCAUGCUGACCAUGAAACAGAAGGAAGCAGUGAUGGAAGUAAGAAGACAUCUAGUAGAUGCGGCAAGCAGAGAGAAGCUGCCCAUCAAGAUGAGCAUGGGUAGAGUAACUCCUGAGCAACUCAGAUCCCAUACCCUGCUCUUCAAACAGAACAAGCAAGCUCUAGAAAACCAUUGUGGUCUGCUUCAGCUGGCAUUAGCUACAGUCCAGGCAUUAAAACAUCCUGAAUGCUCCAAGUGGGACACCCUGCUCGCAUUUGAAAGGCUCAUCUUGCAGAACACUGGGAGAUCAGAGCUGCCAACAGUCCUCACCCAAUUGUAUCCUAAGAUUAAGCCUCAUAAUGAAAGAGGAGAGGAUGACUACAACAUGGAAGAUAUUCUUAUACUGUUGGUCUACAUAUACUCUGUGACCGGAGAAAUCAUGAUUAAUAAAGAACUAGAAGUCGCUGAAGGUCAAGUGAGAAAAGUCCUCGUACAAUGUCUGUGCGAAGAGCCCGACCCGAGUCCCCUGCUACAGAAAAUGACAGGAUGUGAAUCCUCUUCUGAGCUGACACUGGAAAAAUCUACAGCUCUGGUGGAUAAAGUAUUUGAUACCUUGAGAGAUCUUACCAGGACACGUUCGCACUUAAAGUUGUUCAGUUCUGUUCAUGUACCAGGUAGCAAUAUUCAACAGGCCUCAUACAAGCCUUUACUGAAGCAGAUUGUAGAAGAAAUAUUUCAUCCUGAUCAUGCCGAACCCACAGAUAUCGAACAUAUGUCUUCAGGACUUACAGAUCUCCUGAAGACAGGAUUCAGCAUGUUUAUGAAGGUGAGCCGGCCGCAUCCUGGAGACUCUCCCCUCUUGAUCCUGUUUGUGAUUGGUGGAGUCACCGUUUCAGAAGUUCGGAUGGUUAAGGAUCUUGUAUCAACUCUUAAACCUGGUGUUCAGGUGGUUGUUCUGUCCACCAGACUUUUAAAACCGCUCGACAUUCCUGAACUGCUGUUUGCAACAGACCGUCUGCACCCAGACACCGGCAUCUGACUGUUUUCUCCUUCAGAUGAGUGAUGAUCCAGGGUUAAAAUCACAAGAUCAUCUCUGUGUAUAAGAAAGUGAAGAGCCUUGAAGAUUUCUAUUGCAUUUUUUUGUUUUUGUAUUCAUUAAAAUAUGCCUCUUAAUAGAUAUUUUCUAAUAGAAGCUGGAUUCUGCAGUCUAGCUUUCCUCUGUACACUUUCUCCCUCUUACUCCAGCAAUCUGCUGUAGCAUGUUGCUUAUUAUAUGCUAUGCUGUGGUGCUGGCAAGUUCUGACAAUAAUAAAACUUGGCUAAUAUACGUUGACUGACUUAAUGAAGCGAUAAACACCUGUCUGUAAGGAGAUUAAUGGUGUUACAUAAUAGUGAGCGUUGUUCCUGUCUACACUUUUAGACAAGGACAUUCAUGGGUUUGGUUUUCCUGGAAGGCGCAUUGAACAAUGCAUAGCUGGCCAUAGGCGAAGAACAUCAUCUUCUGGGUGUUCUUCAUUAAUUUUAUUACUGUAUAUAAGUGCCCACCUGUGUCUGGUAUCAGGCCUGUUCUAUACAGCAGGUAUACGCCUCUUCACAAUCAAUCAAUAAGAUGCCAGGAACAUUUUUUUACUGAUUGUUCCUAUUACAAGAACAGCAAAUUCCAUAGUACUUAAAAUUCCACCAAAACAAUCCCAAUACCUUAUAGAGUUGGGUAAAUACAGUGGUGCUUGGAAGCACGUGGACCCUGUAGGAUUUUCUAUAUUUCUGCAUACAUUUAAACUAAAAUUGAGCAAAAAUAACAAAAAUAUACUUGCUGUAGUCACCCUGGCCACUCCCAAGCCCCACCUCACUGCAGCAUAAGUGACGUCCUUGAGCACUGAAGAUAGUAACGGUACAAGCAUCAGGGACAUCACUCAAGCUGUGCUGGAUGGAGCAUGGGCCGAGCCAGCAUGACCUCAGCUGAGAGAGGCUCAGCUGCAUACAGUACUAGUGUUUUACAAUGAUUUUUUUCUUUAAUUACUUUCUACAUGUAGAGGCACCAUGUGAAAGCCUUUUACUCACUUUAUAAGGUACUGGGAGAUGUUUGGGUGGCACAUAUGUGUUGACCGUUUGUCUUUAAAUGGCCACUGUCAUUUGGUAAAACUUUUGACAUAUACUCAUCCCUCCGAUCAGAACGGAGCCGGGAGAAGUUUGCGCCCAGCUUGUUCUGUCCCUGCUUUGUAUCACGUGAUCGAGACACACCUGUAAUGUAAGUCUACAGAGCAUGUCUUGAUGACGUGACAUGAAGAAGUGAAGUUAGUGUGCGGCAGAGCAGACUUCUACCGGCUUGUUCUCCUGAUCGGCGGAGGUCUGAACACGCAGACCUCCGUCAAUCAAAACUCUUCACAUGUCGCUAGGACAUGUUAAAAGUUUUUCCAAAUGACAGGUACUCUUUAAAGCGCAAUUGUCAUA